GCCAUGGGGUGUCGCGAAGUUCAAGGAGCGGGGCGGCCCACAGGCCAUUUCGGGCGGCGGACUGGACCGGGAAGGCGGCUCCGCGAGGAGGGACUGGGCGCCGGGCUCCCCGGGACGGAGAGGGUCUCGGACUGCGGGUGGCCUGUCACUCACCGGGCUGGGGGUCCUUUGCUGCCCGCUGCAGGAGGAACGAGGAUGAAUAUGACUCAAGCCCGCGUCCUGGUGGCUGCAGCCGUGGGACUGGUGGCUGUGCUGCUCUACGCCUCCAUCCACAAGAUCGAGGAGGGGCACCUGGCCGUGUACUACAGGGGAGGAGCAUUGCUAACUAGCCCCAGUGGACCAGGUUAUCAUAUCAUGUUGCCUUUCAUUACAACGUUCAGAUCUGUGCAGACAACACUACAAACUGAUGAAGUUAAAAAUGUACCUUGUGGAACAAGUGGUGGUGUCAUGAUCUAUAUUGACCGUAUAGAAGUGGUUAAUAUGCUGGCGCCUCAUGCAGUGUUUGAUAUAGUGAGAAACUAUACUGCAGAUUAUGACAAGACCUUAAUCUUCAAUAAAAUCCACCAUGAAUUGAACCAGUUUUGCAGUGCCCAUACACUGCAGGAAGUUUACAUUGAAUUGUUUGAUCAAAUAGAUGAAAACCUGAAGCAAGCUCUGCAAAAAGAUCUAAACAUUAUGGCCCCAGGCCUCACUAUCCAGGCUGUACGUGUUACAAAACCCAAAAUCCCAGAAGCCAUAAGAAGAAAUUUUGAGUUAAUGGAAGCUGAGAAGACAAAACUUCUUAUAGCUGCACAGAAACAAAAGGUUGUGGAGAAAGAAGCUGAGACAGAGAGGAAAAAAGCUGUUAUAGAAGCAGAGAAGAUUGCACAAGUGGCAAAAAUUCGAUUUCAGCAAAAGGUGAUGGAGAAAGAAACUGAAAAACGUAUUUCUGAAAUUGAAGAUGCUGCAUUCCUGGCCCGAGAGAAGGCAAAAGCAGAUGCUGAAUAUUACGCUGCACACAAAUAUGCCACCUCCAAUAAGCACAAAUUGACCCCGGAAUAUCUGGAGCUCAAAAAGUAUGAGGCCAUUGCUUCCAACAGUAAGAUCUACUUUGGCAACAACAUACCUAGCAUGUUAGUGGACUCCUCUUGUGCUUUAAAAUAUUCAGAUCACAGGACUGGAGGAAAAAACUCUCUCCCCUCUAAGGAGACACUUGAGUCCUCUGGGGAGAGUCCCAUCCAAAACAAGGAGAACACAGGUUGAUGCAAGAGGUAGAAAUGCUCCACCAUACCAAGAUGUGGCCCAAGGGGUUAAGUGGGAACAAUGGUUAUAGACUCUUCGGAUUUACAAAGAACUCCAUGUCUGUUCUGCCUUUCCUGUUGCAGUCUGGUUUAUCAGCUGAUCUCAGGAGAGAGCCAGCUGCCUGGUACCCUAAUGGUCUUUUCAGCUAGAGUUUCGAUCAAGUGUCCUGUAUAUGUUCCUUUCUAAACUGGUACUCAUGAAUGAGGGAAAGUCUGAUGCUAAGAUGCUGCCUGCACUGGAAUGUUAAACACUAACUAUGUAAUAAGCUGAGCUUUCCUAAGCUGAGAUCUAUUGAAUAAUGUUUACAUUGGUCCCCGGGGAAAUGUGUGCUCGCUCAGCCAUUCAAGAGACGUCAGAGAGAAGAGGGCCAGGAUCUGGUAAGUGUAAAGAAGAGUAUGUCUCUGGACCCAGGCUCUUUUCUUUGGGGCCCAUCCCCGGGGUUCAUCCACAUGACAAACGUCUAGUCUACCGCAGCUCCCCAAGAAGUGAUCUUCCACUGAACCAUCAUUUACCUGACAUGAUUAUUUGCACCUGUUUGUUUUCCUACAAUCAGAUUGGUGGCUAUUGGGACAUACGCUUUUCCAGCUAACCAGAGACUCCUCAUAGAGAUUCCCAAUCACUAGUUUAUUGCAUUAUUAGGCUCAGAGAGAGUGUUUGAAUUUUGGGGUGAUAGAAAAACCAUUACUUUGACCUAAUGCUCUGGGGUUCUGUGUUCUCCUCUAUUGGGUGACUGUCUGCCUCACUGCCCCAGGUCAUGUCUGGCUAAGGUGCCUGGGGUUUUUUGUUUUUUUGUUUUUUUUAGGUGAGGGGAGGCUGCAGACAACACUUUAUGUCAACUCUCAGCUCUGACUAGCCAAGAGCAGGACAGAGCUUUAGCCAGAACUAGGAGCAUACAAUUCCUAACUGUUCCUUGUACAGUAUUCAUUGUAAUUACAGGAUGUUUCUAUUUUUAAAACUGGAUUUAGGGUACAUUCAUUUACCCUAGCACUUCUGCCUAAAGGCCAAAUCCCAGGGCUGCCAUGAUUACUGGCACACUUGACUCUCCUUGAUACUUUUUAUCAGACACCUAUAUAAUGUAGAACAAGGAGUAACUUAGGAAGCAUCCUUGAUCAUCUUUGUCUCUUUUCCUCUGGGCCUUGAAAUGAUGAAAUCAAAGCUGUUUCUUCCAGUUUUCAUUUUCCCUCAGAAAUCAGGAAUUCAGUCUUCCACGAGAGAAUGACAGGGUUAGCAUGUGGCAGUGGGAGUCCAGUUUCGUCUGGCUCCUAUUUUCCUUUAAGAUUAGCUGUCCUAGAAGAGUGUGCUCCAUUGUUAGGCCUAAGUUUGUGCAUCUAGUGAAGAUACCACUCGUGUGUUCUAUGUCUAAACAAGACAGAAAACAUGGAACCACUUCCAGAAACCUUUUACCUAACUCUGUCCUGUUGCUCUCAUGAUACCUUGUGCCAAACUAUGUGUGGGAAAAGAAACUCCAGGUCUGAAUGGGUCUCUUCCCUGGGCCUUAUCCUGUAGAGGCACUUAUAAUAUGGAAAGAAUCAUUUUUCAUCUUUAUUCAUUUAAUUAUAUACAUUUUCUUUAUGAAAAACAAUUGUGUUCUCUAGCCCAACUUCAGAGAGAUUUUCUGAAUGAUAAACUCAAACUGUUUGAUUGUCAUACUGUUGCUGCAGGUAAAUAAUGAUUGUUGUGCAAAGUCUGGAUCAUUGACCUUUGCGCUUUCAUUCUUAGAGAUGUUUUCUAUUCACAUGAGUUAAAAGCUGUUCCCCAAAGUGAUGGAUGUGGGUUAUCUUACAAGUCACAACCCCUGGUGGCAAAGUUGAGGAACAGGGAAAACUAUAGUCCUGUGAAGUUUUAAAGAAAGGACUUCCACUUAAACCCUCCCUGGAGUGUGCUUCCCUGUGCUCACUCAAGGAUUACUCCUGCCCCUCCUUUGGGGAUGCUCCUUUUGGCAAAUGUAUACUGUAAUCUUCAAGUCUAAAUUUAUAUGUGAAAUGCUGCCUUUUUUAAAAAAGAAACUAAAUAAAAUUAUUUUGCUAUCAGUAA